AUGCACACCAAAGCAAUCGUUCCGCUCAUUCUUCUUAGCAUUUCUUUUACAUUCACUCUCGAUAUAUUUAUCUCUCUAUCUUCACCUUUUUUUACUCUCUGGACGCCAACUGGUGAUUUAUUGUUGAAGAUUUGUAACGUUCUGCGGACGUUCUUAUUCGGACGACCACUUGAACGGAUACAGAAGCUAGCAGAAGAAAAACCUGACAAAAUAGCCAUGGUGAUGUACCACAGCAAAGAUGAACGAUAUGAAAUCACCAGAAAGGAGCUGUACAAGAAAUCCUUGCAAUUUGCUCAAGUCCUCAUCAAGCUGGGAAUCAAAAAAGGAGAUCGCGUUGCCUACUGCGUGUCCAAUUGCAUCAACUGGAUGGUUUACGAUGUGGGGAUCAUGAUGGCAGGGGCUGUUUCCGUCCAUUUGCUUAUGGGUUCUGCCGAUGUCAAAGUCACUCUUACAGAUUGUGUCAUGGUUAUUCUAGACUCUAAAGAACGGUGGGACAAUUUCAUAGGCGUGGCUGAAAUCCACCCAGGGGGAAAAGUGAGCUGCAAUGAAUGUCUUUCUCUGAAACUAGCAAUGGCUGUGGAUCCAAUGAAUCGGCCGGCCAAUGCUCUCCUGGCGUCCGAGUUAAUGGCUGAAAUCGAAGAUGGGAAUUGUAGUAAGCUUUCGCAAUUACCAGUUUUGAACCCAGAGGAUAUCGCUCUUAUCAACCAGACAUCAGGAACGACAGGAAUCCCUAAAAAGGUCACUCACACACAUUUCAACGUUGUCAACAACUUUACUAUCUAUAACAUUAUCUCUAAAUUUCAUGCUGACGAUAUUGUUUACAGUAACCGGCCGAUGGCGUAUGUGGGUGGGUACCCCAUGUUUUACCUGGGAAAUGGGUGCACCACUGUCACAGGUGACGUGAGAUUUUUAAACGACCCUGCCAAUAACGAUUUCCUGGUGAGUAUGUGGAAAAAAGAAAAGUGUUCUAUCAUCCUAAUGUUACCGCAGUUUAUUAAGUCCAUACGCGAUUAUGGUUUUCGUACCAGGUUUAUUGUUUCGGGUGGUGAUAUGAUCACUGAAGAAAUGAUCCGACAUUCUUUUGUCUUCACCGAUGCCUUUUCCAUGACUUACGGCAGUACGGAAACUAUGACGUGCGUCCAAGAAAUAUUCACAAAAGAAAACAUCUCCGAACACCAACAAGGAAUGCUCGGGCGUCCUUUUCCGGGGAUGGAGACAAAGAUUAUCGACGAAAAAGAAGAAGUGGUUGAGAUGGGAAAAGUGGGAACACUAUGCAUUCGUAACGUUUGGAACACCAAGGGAUAUGAUGGAAACUUAGUGACUCCAAUCAAGAAUGGCUGGUUCCACACGAACGAUCUUUGCUACAUGCAGUCCAACGGGAGGAUAUUGAUGACUGGUCGAAAAUCUGGCUUUAUUAUCAAGGGUACUGUCAAAAUGUCUAUCCUGCUGAUUGAGGAUUACGUUGGAAGUCACCCGGAUGUUGAACAGGUGGUAGUUGUUGGGGUACCGGAUUCUCGAUUCGGUGAAGAUAUCUGCGCAUGCGUUCGAAUCGCUUCCGGACGUUUUUCAUAUCUAUCUAUCUAUCUAUCUAUCUAUCUAUCUAUCUAUCUAUCUAUCUAUCUAACCCCUAUCUAUUUAUCUAAUUUAUCUAUCUAA